UUGUUAUUGAUAGCUGCUUGGAAUGCUUACUAAUUGGCUCUUCCCUACAUUGAUUACUGGUUUGAGUUUAAUGAGAUGCUUAUUUUCAGGACAUUGAAUCAGUAAUUAAGGGAAAAUUUGAUGCUGUCCUCGACACCAUUGGUGUGCCCGAGACGGAAAGAAUCGGCACCAAUCUUUUGAAUAGAGGCGGGCACUAUAUGACACUUCAGGGAGAAGCAGCAGCGCUGAGCGACAGGUAUGGACUACCAAUCGGGCUGCCUGUGGCUACAGCUGUGUUAUGCAAGAAAAGGAUUCAAUACAAAUCUUCUCACAGAAUAGAAUAUUCAUGGAUAUACAUGAGAGCCGACUCGGAAGGUUUGCACGAGAUACGCAGAUUGUCGGAAUCCGGGAAGCUGAAUAUACCGGUCGAGAAAACAUUUCCGAUAACUCAAGUAAGAGAGGCUCAUGAAGCUGAAGAUAAGAAAGUAAUCCUUGGUAAAAUAGUGCUGGAACUUGACUAA